AAGUAGUGUAGCGUAGCUUAGAAAAGAAAGUGCCUAGUCACAACCCAACCUUUCUCAUCUUACACUCAUUCACCCCACUUUCUUUUUCUUUUCUCCGCAACACUUCAAACUCCACACUUUCCUCUCAUUGGUUUUCUAUCUUCCAAAUCAACUAUGAAAACAAUAACACUUUUCAUAAGAGCGAUGUUAAUACUCAUCAAUGUGUAUCUUCAUUUACCAACAACCGAUGCAGUAGAUCACAAUCUCAAAACCACCUCCAAGGAACAGAUCCAGUGCACAAUGUGUGCUUCUUGUGAUAAUCCAUGUAACCAGGUUUCAUCUCCGCCACCACCGUCACCUCCGCCACCUUCCUCCACAAACAACUGCCCUCCCCCUCCCGCUCCACCUACAUCGUCCGGUGGUAGUGGAAGUGGAGGUUCAUCAUACUAUUACUCUCCACCUCCACCACCUAAUUCUUACACUUACUCAUCUCCACCUCCUCCAUCAUCCAGCAGCGGAAGCGGCGGCGGUGGAACUUACUAUUAUUACCCUCCGCCUAGCAACAGAUACUACGGUCCAGCACCGCCGCCACCUAAUCCGAUAGUUCCUUAUUUUCCUUUUUACUACUACAGUCCUCCGCCACCCUCCGCCGCGUCUCGUUCUCUCUUCAAUCCAAUUGUUCUCUCAUCCUUCUUGCUUUUGAUACUUUGAUAGAAAAAAAAUGAAACCUAAAACGGAAAGGUUUGGAAUAACGGCGCAGAUUUGCAGAUCUAGAAAUUCUCAGGGAGUAGUGUUGUAACAGUGUUAGAGUAGAGAAGAUCUCGUGAAAGUACCAAUUUGCCCUCCUUCAAGAAGCAAAAUGCACGUGUAUAUCUGAAGUAAUAAUAAUUUGGACAUGUUUUUCUUUCUAAUCAUUUUUGUACUCUUUUAUUUAUGUUAAUUAAUUUCCUCUCCGAAUCAUAUAUUGUUAAUCUGCAAUUUGUUGACAAUUUUCAUUUUCCCUUAUGCAUGGAUACAUGAUGAUGAUCAAAUAAAUUGAAAUAAAUGUGUAUGCGACAAUUAAAAAGUGUAAUUGAAGUGGUUGAUUUCGGUUU